AGCAGUUUCUCGGAACUAAUGUUAUAGCGCUUGUUUUCGGGGGAGUAAUGACAUAGUGGGACCAACUUAUAUGAUACAGGUUGCAGGUUUAUAAGGGGUUGUAAACAGUGCUGUGUUUUGCUUUAGCUGCUACAACCUGGUGAAAGAACGGUCCUGAAGAGGAGUUCCUGUCCAUCUUGGAAGGAAUGUUACUGUCCUUUGCUUUCCGUGAGUGCUGUGCAAAGCACUAUAUCCAGCAAGCCCAGAAAUGUGUUAAAAGCCUGAAAGUCAGAGGAGCAGCAACCUCCAGCAGCCAGCUGUUUGUCAGGAGAACCCCUCAGCGCUUUGUCACCCAGACACGGGGAGCUAAAACGCACAGGCAGAAGCAACAGCAGGAGGAAGAAUGGAAGCGGAAAAACAAGACCAUCUUAACAUAUAUUGCAGCAGCUGGAGUUGGAAUGAUCGGCAUGUCAUAUGCCGCUGUCCCACUCUACAGACUGUACUGCCAGGCAUCUGGACUGGGAGGCACAGCGACAGCAGGACACGAUACAGAUUUAGUGGAGACAAUGAAGCCGGUUAAGGACCGCAUUCUUAAAGUCACCUUCAAUGCUGACACACACGCCAGCCUCCAGUGGAACUUUCGUCCUCAACAGUCAGAGAUCUAUAUUGUGCCAGGAGAAACUGCCCUGGCAUUUUACACAGCCCAGAAUCCCACGGAUAAACCUGUGAUAGGAAUCGCUACAUACAAUGUUGUACCAUUUGAAGCUGGACAGUACUUCAACAAGAUUCAGUGCUUCUGCUUUGAAGAACAGAGGUUAAACCCUCAGGAAGAGGUGGACAUGCCUGUUUUCUUUUACAUUGACCCAGAGUUUGAUGACGAUCCCAGGAUGGCUCGAGUUGACACAAUUACACUCUCUUAUACCUUUUUUGAAGCCAAAGAAGGACAGACGCUACCCCUUCCUGGCUACAGUUAAACCAGUAGCACAUACUGUAUAAUUCCGAGAUUUAACAUUUCAAAUAAACCAUAUUUCGAGAAUGGUCAGUUGCUAAAGCCUUUUUUAUUCUUGUCAGUAUGUUCAGACUGAAGCUAAUGCACUGACUAUUUUCUGAUGCUCUACUUGAAUUACCACUGAAAUGCUGUAAUGUACAUGAUGACUUCUACAGUGCAAUAAAUCACCCGAGUUGGUGUUCCUAUAGGGAUUUCAAUAA